AUGUCUUCCUCUGACAUUGAUUUUAUAACAGGAUUCGCACGAGACUCGCAAGACAAAACUGAGGAAGAUUUUAGCCUCUGCUACGCGUAUCCCGUGAUCGAUGACAAUCAGAAAGCGAGCGAAGUGCUUACGAAGAGCAAGAGAACCGUGCGAGUGUCGGACAGUAAAAACACAUCAGUCGAGGAUGGACUUUACGUUUCCGAGAAUCCAUUCACUGACAAGUUAGUCAAGCCUUAUCGGCUCGACAAUGCCAAAUCGCUAGACUACGAAUCACAGCCGCGGUUUCACGGGAAACUCGUCGAGAUCGCGAUGCGAGACAUCUGCAUUCACGCGCCGCGCGAGGAAGAUCGGGCCGGGACGAUCCCCGAGAUCGUCUCGAUCUCAUUGCUUUUCAAAAGAAAGCUGGUGUUCACGGCAAAUGGUCCAUUCAAUCGAAAGCUGUACAAAUUAUUCAUGAGAAAUUCCGAAUGCCACAAUCUCUCGAUACAGGUGCACGCCCGACACGGGGUGUCCAGCGAGCUUCCGUUACCGUUGCCCCAGCGUAGCGUUAAAGACUAUAAGGUGGAGAUAGAUUUCGCGAUCAGCGGCAGCUCGGGUAGAAUAUACGACGGAACUGUCGUUUGCACUAUCUCUCUGUCGACAGACGGCAGCAGCGAUCCGGAGGAGAGCAAUGCUUAUCUUUAUAGAUCGAGCAACGAUCCGAAUGAUCCACAGAACAAUCUUUCCUUAUCGCGACCUCACACACGUUCCACCAGCAAGAAAGAUGUCAAGUAUUUUCUGCUAAUGGAUCCGGCUCUGGUUUUCAACACGGACAUCGGUGUAAUUCGCAAAGCGUCGUCGCGUGAAUCAAAACCGCCAGCUAUUGUCGUAACCGAGCACUCGGCAUUCUCCCUGCUAGACGUGUCUCUGAAGAAUUUGUUCCAGGCUAGUCGGCCGCUCAGGCCGUCAUCCAGCACUCGCAGGCAUCACACUAUAGGGAGAACGAUCCUCGCAGUCACCAUCCUGCGAGGGGUGGAGGUGCCAGUGAGGGAAGAAUCGGCGCUGGUCACUCCUCUGUUGGAGGUAGAAUGGGGCAACGUCGUUCACACGACCGCGACAGCGGAGGGACCAGCACCUAUCUGGCAACAGACCAUGCACUUUGAAUUGCCGAGGCAAAACGGUGAACACUGCGUAAAAUUCCGCCUAUACGAUCAGCACCCUGUCUGGGGUCAGCAGUGGCUUGGUGAGGCGAGAAUACCUCUGGAAAGUCACAGAAAUUAUCAGGAGCUUGAACGAUGGGUCGCUUUGUCCCCUUUGUUUAGUCCCCUAUUGUCGUUCGGCUACGUACAAGCCAGCCCGGGUCGCUCGCACACGCGGAUCUACGUGCUGAUGAAGAUGGAGCAGCCCAGCAAUGCCAAGUCUUUGGAAGCUAACGCCAUCGAUACUUUGUUAAAGGGAAUCCAACGCUGCCUGGCGAUGCCUUACAAAAUAACCGGUGUAGAGACUCCCGACGACGCUGCACGACUCACUAUGCUUCUACCGUCUUUGCCAAUGCACUAUGGCCCGGUCCCACCGCGCCAAGCCUUAAACGUGAACAAGGUGGAUCACUAUGGCAGAGCAGCUUUACUGGCAACAUUGCUGCAAGGUUUCGGUUUGCAGUCGUAUGUAUUGUUAGGUUCUUCACAAAUAAGCCGAUGGACCGCAUUUGUUUUAAGCAUCGAGAAAAACGACAUCGUCCUGUGGGAUCCCGAGAUCGGGGAUCGUUAUAAAUUGAGUGAUAGUCGCUGUUCGUUGAUGAAAGUAUCUCGCUUGAUCAAUCACUCUGGCAUAUGGGAGAAUUUGCAGAGGUCUAUUUUGCCUCACAAUUUAAGAUACAACGUGACGAUGAGCAAAGAUUGGCGGCCACUCGUGUCUGUCGCCACAUCAAUCAGCAGUCGAUCCGCUCAAACGUCGGAACCGACAGUGAUACAGAUACCCGAGGAAGAUGCGCAGGAAAAGGAAAGCGCUUCGGAAAUGGAGCAAUACUUGCGAGACAAAUUGUCCGGCUGGCGUAGCGCUCUUGGUUUAACAACGAUAUUUAAUCGUCACGCGAUCAACGUUUUGCGAAGCUUUGUUUCCGACAUUCCGAAUGAUAUGACGUGUCAAGUGGACAAAAGAGACCUGAAACAAUUGUACAGAGCUUAUCACACGCAUGGUUUCCUUCUGAACUUGCGUCAAACUACCCUUGAUGAACUGGCGGAGCAAAUAGCCGCCACGAAGAUUCACAAUAUCACGGGUCCUGUCGAAUUUGCUCUUGUUUGUCAUAUACAACGGUACAUUGGUAAGACGUGCUCGAUAUGGUUGGCUCUAGCGAUUUUACGGAGUCGUGGUUAA